UUCAAGGGUGGUGAUACCCAACUUUCCGUGCCACACUUUCCAUCAAGAGUACUGAAACCAUAUAAAACCUUAGGCCACAUUCAUAGUUGUAGAGAAGCUUGCAAUGGCCAAAGACUACGGAGAAGUUGAGUUGUUUGGUGUGGGGGGAAGCCCUUUUGCCAGAAGGGUGCAGAUUGCCCUGGAACUGAAGGGAGUCCAAUACACUUACUUUGAAGAAGAUCUUAGGAACAAGAGUGAUCUUCUUAUCAAAUACAACCCUAUUCACAAGAAGGUACCUGUGCUUGUCCACAAUGGAAGACCAUUGGCUGAGUCCCUUGUGAUCCUUGAAUACAUUGAUGAGACAUGGGAGAACCACCACCCCAUCUUGCCUCAACAACCUUAUGAUAGAGCCUUGGCUCGAUUCUGGUCAAGGUUCAUUGAUGACAAAUGCAUGCCUGCAAUAUCAAAGGCAGCAUUUACUGCAGACAAGGAGGAACGUGACAAGGGCACUGAGGAAUCACUCGAGUCUCUUCAAAUUCUUGAGAAUGUACUCAAACACAAGUUCUUUGGAGGUGAGACUACUAUAGGCAUAGUGGACAUAGCCGCUGGCUUCAUAGCUUUCUGGCUCCCUGCGAUUGAAGAGGCUGUGGGGUUGAAAUUGCUGACCAAUGAGAAGUUUCCAAAACUCUACAAAUGGGGUGAAGACUACACCAACCACCCUGUUGUGAAAAAGAAUCUUCCCCAAAGAGAUAGGGUUGUGGGGUUCUUCAAAGCUCGAUAUGCAUCCAUCACUGCUUCCAAAUAGACCAAUUGUGGGUGUGAUAGAGACUCAUGAUUUUGGGAAAUUGUUGUGUAAUAAAUCUUGUAAGGAGUAGGUGGUUUCUUAAGGGAGGGUCUACAUGAUGGAAUUUCGAGUAAAAUUGUAGUGUUUGUGCACUUUGUGUUCAAUUUGGUAUUUAAGUAAUUAUGUUCUAAUAUAUAUAAAAUUCUCUCUGAAUAUAAUUGUUAAAAGAAAAA